AGCUGCACGAGACGCGGCAUCAGAUAUGAGCGGAGUCAGUUAAUGUUUGUGGUGUUUCUUCAGCUGAGUGGACGGUGAGCGGGGCCGAGGCUGGUAGCAGACAGCGGGGCCAGAGCUCCGAUACAGCUGCGUGUGACAGAGAGACGGCUGUCCGGCGGCUGCCCGGCGGCUGGCGCCCUUUGUAACUCCUGCAGUGGAUGGCCCAGGCAAGGUGAGAUGAGCUGGGCCGAGGAGGACUGGACGGUGGGGCUCACAGGACGGGUCCUGCAAAAGGUGAAGGAGCUGCAGGUCCAUCAUGAGCGACUGUCCAGAGAGAACAAGCAGAAGCAGCUCCAGCUGGACAAUAUCCACAUCAGCCUCGAAAAACAAACCGCGAAGUAUGAGGAGGUGCGAGUGGAGCUGCAGUCCGUGCAGAGGGAGCUUCAGGGCGUUCAGGAGGAGGCCAAAGCGGCCGUGACCAGCAAGGGGCGCCUCACUCAGGAGGUUCAGACCAAGCAGGCUCAAGUAUGCUCUUUGGAGGGGCAACUGGAUGCUGCUCGCACCCUCAACAACAAGCUCACACAAGAUAUCAAAAGACUCGAAGCUGAGCUGGAGAAGUUGCAGAACAGCAGUAGGUUGGCAGAUACCCCUCUCUUCUCUACACCCUGCUGGAGCAAAACCUCACCCUGGGAACACAGCGGGAGCAGACAGGAGGGGCAGCGGGAUGAAGCACCUGCCCGGGCGCACAGCCGACGACUUCAGUUCUCGGACGACGCCUCCCCUUCGUUGCCACGGCAGCAGCACCACAGCACCCCCCACCGGCACCCGUCCGACCAAUCGGACGUCUUCUCUACGCCUUCGGCUGCGUUUCCGUGGGAACGGGAAGACUCGAAACCGGCAGCCAGGAGGCGAGUGCCGCCCUCAUCCCAGACGCCCCCUCACGAUGUCACAAAUCAGGAGCUGUCGGAACCGGAGGAUUGUGGGAAGAAUUCCAGGCUGGAGGCAGACAAGUUGUGCGGUCGUAUUUCUGCUCUGGAGGAGGAGCUUUCCGGGAAGACAAGGGCAUUAAAGUCCAUUCAAAAUGAGCAGAUGCAGAGUAAGAAGGAGCUGGCUGCCAAGGAGCUCAGCCUGCAGAGAGCUCGUGAUGAGCUUAGUGCAGCACAGACACGCAUCGCCCAGGACAGUGACCGGGCGUCUGCAGCUGAGCACAGGCUGAAGCAGCUACAAGAGGAGCUCAAGUGUCAACGGCAAAAUGCAGAGAGCAGCCGGCUGCAGCAGCAGCAGCGCACCAAGGAGCUGGAAAAACAGCAUCAAAGAGAUUUAACAGAGCUUCAGAGGGAGAGGCAGUCUCUGGAGAGGCAGCAUCAGCAGGAGGUGAACAAACUCAACCAGGAGCUCCAGCAUGCUAGGACACAGCACAAUGCCUUGCAGGCCCAGGCCGACAAGCUCUCUCUGCAAAAGCAAGCCUUGGAAAAAGACUUGAGCUCUGUGAAAGAGAAGCUGAAGUGGACAGAGGGACAGCUGGCGGAGAGCCAGAAAAAGGAGACUCAGACACAAGCAAAGCUCACGGAAGCUGUACGUGAGGCGGAGGGUGUGGCGGUGAGUCUGGAGCAGAGCAGGAAGCGAGAGCGAGCUCUGGAAGAGGAGGGGAGGAGACUCGCAGAGGAGCGAGCCGACGCCCUGCGACUCGUCAAAGACCUGCAGGAGCAAAAACUCGUGUCGGCAGCCCCAAUUCAACCCGCUCCGUUUUCUCCUGUCAGUCAGGGUUUCUUGCCUCAGUCUUCCUUUUCUCCUCCGGCUCGAACCCAAACCAAGAGGCCAGCUGUCGCUCGUGCUGAGCACAGGAGGGUGGAAGAAGAAGAGGAGGAGGUCACUGAUGGGAGGAGGACAGAGGUGACGGCGUCUUAUCCCUCUGACAGAGAGCCGGGAGAAGGAAUCGACUCCGAACACAUCACUGCACUCAGCCUCUCAAACCCAGAGUGUGUCGAAAAAGCAGGACGCAGAGGGAAAAGUAAUGAAGAGGAGAGUAAGAGUACAGGGGAGACGGCAACAUGCGGCAUCUCAGACGCUGCUGGUACAUUGAGCAACACCUCUGUAGACGGAGCGAUGAAGACGGAACCUGUGCCACGAAGUUCGACACCACCAGCGUCUGAGACCUCGGUCCCCUCUCAAGACCUGAAGAAAGAGAAUGCCAUGCUGCGCUCGGAGCUCCAGGACGUGCGCGAAGAGCUCCAGAGACGCCUGGAGGACCUGGAAGCCCAACGACGGGCCGAGACAGAAGCCAGGACCCGUCUGAAGCAGCUGAGCCGAAAGCAGGCCAGCCAGGCUGUGGAGAAGGAGGAGAAGCACAAAGAGUGGAAGGCACAGCUGGAGAGUGAGAGAGCAGAGACGGAGAGGCUGAGGAAGACCAUCGCCGCUUUGGAAGCAGAGAUGAAGAGAGAAAGGGACAGAAAUGCAAGAGAAGAAGAAGAGGAGGAGAGGAACAAAGAGCAAGAAGACAGAGUGUGUGAAAUGACUGAGCUGAAUAUUCAGCUAAAGAAUCAGCUGGCAGACCUGAAGACUCAGCUGGCUGUAGAGCGAGAGGAAAGGAAACAAGAGAAGGAGAGAGAGAAAAUGCAAACUGAGGACCUCGGUAUAAAAGAGGAUCUGAGCUUGAAGGUGUCAGAGCUCACAGCCGAACUGGAGAAACUGAAGUGCAGAUUAAAAGAAGAAUCCCAGGAAGAGGAGAAGCUCUCUGCUCCAGACCGCCCCUUAACGUACCUGAGUCUCCAUGACGACGAGCUCAACUCCAAUAAAGUCUGCUCUGAUAACAAAACCCUCCCUUCGCCAGAGCAGCACCUCGCCCUCUGCCAGUCCGCCAACCAGCGCAACAUGCUUGUGUCUCAGUCGACGGCACAAAUCAUCCAGGAAGAGCAAAACGUCAUCGAUCCCGAGUACGUCCAGGGUGAGCGCGACGCUUCGGAUUUAUCGAAAGAGGUGGAACACCUGAAGAGGGAAUCCACAAAGGAGGCAGAACGCGCUAACCGUUACCAGGUCAAACUGGAGGCUCUGCAGAGUCAGGUGACCCGGCAGACCCUGCAGUUGACCACGGCCUUUGAGAAACAGAGUCAGCACAUCGCAGGCCUUCUGGCUGAGCUGCAAGAGAAGGAGAUGAUCCUCCUCAGCCAGGGAGAGGAGCUGCUGCGAUGCAAGAGCGAGCUGGAGGCGCUCAGGACGGACGGAGAAAAACCGGAGGAGGGGAUGGUCGAGGUGGUGGAGGACGAGGGAAACAAAGAGGGUUCCGAUGAUAAAAUGGGUCAAAUCCCAGACCUUAAGUCAAAACAAGAACUUGCAGGUCCUCUCAGCCCUCACACUACAAAGUCGGCGCCAAGUGAUACCUCAAACUCUCCCAAAGAUGACAGUCUGCCAAAGAUUGAGACCUCUGACUCUGAAACACCAACAGCUGAUGGCUUUAUGGAAGACGUGGCUCAGCAGCCAAGAGGACAUCCAGAUUCAAACCAGACUGUGGCGGCAGAGGAUCAGAGCAGUAAAAUCGGAGGGACAGCAGACACCGUCACAGAGCUGCUGGCUCUCCAGCGUGAAAAUCAGCUGCUGAAACAAAGAAUAGAAGGUUUUGUCCUCUCAUCAAACCAAGAAGACCGAGCCGAGCGAAGCCAAAACACUGGAAACGCCGCGUUGUCCUCCUUGAUGGAGGAUAAGACUCAUAAUGUAGUGAAUGACGUCCUGCCUGAUGGACAGGAGAUGCCUCGGCAGAGUGUGAAUAGGAGGGACGAGGAAGGGCGAGAGUUAGAAGUGAAAAUCGGGAAAACAAGCAGAGCUGAAGAAGAUCAGGAGGAAGCGUCUCAGACUCACGUUAACCUCCUACAACACCAGGUGGAGGCGCUGCAGCUGAAGAUAAGGACUCUGUCGGAGGAGAUGCAGCAGCAGGCCGAAGAGCUGGCUCUGUGGAGACUUUCCUCCCAGCCGGCCCCGGCGUUCGACGCAGACGAGCAGCAGGACGGCGAGGAGCAGAUCUCCGCCGUCAGACUGACACAUCAGCAGCAGGCAGACGAACCCGACCGGAGCAGAACGCAGACGCAAAAUCAAACGCCCGCUCCGGCCUCGCAGAGGAGGCAGGAGAACGUCACGGUUAUCAGAGAGGAUGACGUUCUCCUCAGCUGCACCUCAAACAAAAUCCAGGGUCGCAUGUUGUUCUCCAGACUUCAGAACAGCAUCCUCCCUGAACCAAAGACCCUCCAGCCCAGUAAAAAGCACAAUGAGGACACUACCAACGUGGACCAGGAAUCUGAAAAAGAAAACCAGGAGUUUAACGUCUUCCAGCAAUCAGGUGUUUCUCCAGCACAGUGCAAAACCAGGAGAGACACUGAAGUCGUCCAAAUGUCAGAGAAAACGGUUCAACAGCAUGCAGCCAAAGAUGACCACAGAGUCUCAGGAGCGAGUUUGACCAAACCGGAUUGCCAUGUUGGGAAGCCCGAAGCCAAACCAAACCCUUCCAGAGAAACCAAUGAAAUAAACACAACCGGUAGAUCCUCGGGGACGGACGCCAGGACAGACGCGAGGAGCGUCGGCGUCCAAACAGACGACGGUCUGUCCCGCCGCGGCGCUCCAGCAGUGUGUGUGACCACUCAGACUGAGCCGGAGGAAGACGAUGGAGAGGAGUCGGCGGACUCCCCUCCUGGAUCCCCCGCCACGCCACCUGGGAGAGACGAGCCGGACGCCGACCCGCUGUUUGCCGGCUCCUUCCCGAUACCCGCCGACCCGGCCCGCCUGGCCGAAAGGAUCCGCCGCAGCAGGACGCAGCUCUCGGCGGCCUUCGACGACACGGAAUACGAGCCCUACGGACUCCCGGAAGUCGUCAUGAAAGGUUUUGCCGACAUCCCCACCGGUCCCUCGUGUCCCUACAUCGUGAGGAGAGGUUUAUUGGGAACAACUGUCGUACCCGCCUCGCAGAAAGACUCCGCAAAAGAAGAGGAGACGGAUUAAAGCACAGCUGUGGGUUUUUGCCUCCUGGUUGUGCAUAAAUGUGGCGGAAAGAACUGAUCGGCUUGGACAACAAACCUGAGCGAAGGACGGCGGCGGCAGCGCAGACACUCUCCAGUCACCAGCAGCUCUUGAAACAAGCACAGGACACACUCUUACAAAGCAGGAUGGACCGAUGUACGUGUGUGUGCAGGUAAACGGUGCCUGCACUGACACGGGAUGCCCGAUCGCUUCAGCAGUUCAUCCUCAAAUUGCUGUGUGGAGACACGGCCGUCCAUCAGUGCGCUCACCUGUGUGUUUAGGUACGGAGGUGGUGAUUUGGUGAUGUUUCCACAGGGGCCAUUUUUAGCUUUUAGUAGCGUGGAAUUAACGUCGGAGGCCAGUCUCUGCUUACUUUGAAUGAAACGGUGCCUGAACUGUGUUUUUCCAAACGAGCGCUCGUCGAGAUAACCUGGAGUUGCUUUCCUGGAGAGUGAGCCGGACGGAGGCCUGCUGUGGAAACACCUCACACACUUUCACCCUUUAUCUUCCCGACGUGGCUUAUUUAUGGACACUUGAAUGUGUUGGAGUAGAUUUCAGGAGUUUACAAACACGCGUGAAUACACACAUUGUGUUUUCACAUGAGCUGUGAAUAUGAACAUGUGUGUCCUCAUCUUGAUAUUACUGUUUGUGUGUGUGUGUGUGUGUGUGUGUGUGAGAGAGAGAGAGAGAAAGGGAGAGCAGGGCGAGCACAUGUCCAUGACUCAGUCCAGCCUGCAGUGGUUUCCGCUCCAUGUAUGGUGAUGGACACUGAGCGCCGUCUCUCCUCCCUCUCCCGCCUCUCCGCAGCAACACUAUCAAGCUCCAAAUACUUAGUUUUACAACAAAUUCCUCAACAACUAAACACAUGGAGCUUUAUUUUUCCACACAGACUGGAGAUGGCGUCUCUCUUUGGAUAAAUUAUUAUUUAUUUAAUCGAUUUGAUGAUUUGAGCUGUUAGUUUGCUCCUGCACAGUUGUUCUGCUGCUGCAUCGACGGCAGCAGUCGAUCAGUAUGGAGAGACGGCUGAUUUUGUAGGUACAGUUUGGAGUUGAUGCUCAGUUUCCUGCGUGCCUUGUAGCAGUGGAUCCAACCACUUCAUCCAGCUAAAGGACAGGUUCACAUUUAUGAGAUAUGUUCAAACGUUUCAGGUGUACUGUGUUAAAAAGUCCAUUCUCUAUUGAGAGUAUUUCACUUGUACCACUUCUUAUCUGCUAGAAAAACAUCGGCAACGCACGGCCACGAACCUAAAAUAGGCAUUUUUCAAGGUGUAAUCCAAGUGAACAGGUUUUGCUGCUCAGCUGAAUUUCUCACUUUGUUUUUCCUGGGAGUGAAAAACUACAAUCACACACAGCUCAUAACAUUCAGUCGGUUUGCUCCCACAAACCCUGGUUUCUGCUAUUUAUGAUUGUUUCCAACAUGAAUUUGAUGAAUUUCCAGAUAUGCAGCCACAGUAAAGGUGGAGACAAAAUCAUGCAAGAACAGAGAAGUCUGUUUGUUUUCUCAUAAACAGAAAUGAGCUUCGACCAGGUCCGUUUCAUGAGAAUCUCUGUUGUGAAACUCCUUCAAAAGAUGGCAGAAAAUAAUGAUUUCUUCACAUUUUCGACCAAUCGCGCACUCAUUGUGCUCCAGAGUAAAAACUUUGUUCUCUUUCUCUCGGCGCCGGCAGAGAGAAGACGUUUCUCUGUCCCGGUGAAGUAUGUGGAGACCUCACGCGAUGUGAGCAUUUACAAUAACACGGCUAAGAGAAGUGUCCACAGCCCUCAUCCACACCAACAAGCAGAACAAAAAGAAUCUCCGCCUUCAUAACGGAAAGUAAAUGUUUUACUCAGUGAAAGACAAGUCGAGAUUUAAAGCGGUGGCUGAAGAGUCUGGUGUCUUUGGGUCUCACAUGUGCGGGCUGUGGACGCUGCUGCUCCUCUUCACUGAGAUACCUGCAAUCCUUAAAAAAAGAAAAAAAAAUCUUGCAGUUUCUUUAGAGAGAGGUUUUAAUUGUUUUAAUAGAAAGUACCUUCUGAUAAAUCAAUGGGAGUAAAUUUUUAAAUCAUAGCUGAGUACUGCUUUAGCUGAAUUAUGCAUUUAUCUUAAAAAGUUAAAGUUCUUACAUCUCGAGGUUUCUGGAUAAAAUUUGUUGAAUGAUAAAAACAGAAAUCCAAAGUUUGACUUUGACUGUUGAGGCUUCGUUUUAAUCCAUCUUCUGUACCGUCAUCCAGCUCGGGAUCUCAGGAUUGGAACCAAUCACAGGUCAAACUGUGACGAAUGGAUGAACUCGGAAAGACGGACGGUCACACUGACGGAAUCCGUCAGCAGCGAGUCUCAUGUUUCUCCACUGUGGGAGAAAAUCUUAGGACCCAAAGAAAACCUAAACAUGAACCGGGAGAACAGCAGGUGGCCUCAGGUUUCCAGCGGCAUCUUAAAAAUGUGAAUCUGUCCUUUUAAAAUGUUUCUUUUUAAGUUUUAUGCCAGACUUUUGUGAAGAGUGAAGCUUAGUUUUUAUGUUUAGGUUUUAUUUAGCUGGAGAGUCGUCCCACAUUUGGUUUGACGACACAGCUGAUUGUCGCUGCUCUGAACCAUCACCUUCUAUCUGACACACACACACACACACACACACACACACACACACACACACACACACACACACACACACACACACACACACACACACACAUCUGAGCUGCCUUCACAUCUCUGGGAUCUGUAGUUUUCUGGCAGUGAGGUGGGGACUCACUGUCAACUAGUUGCCUUAUUUUGGACACUUGAUGUGAAUGUAUCUGUUUUGUUUGCAACUAGAAUAAAAGGCUUGCU